AAUAAAAUAACCCGUUCAAAAUCCCCAGAUCAUCAUUCGAACUUCCGCAAAAACGCAUCUCCUUCGGAUUUUCUCAUUCUUGCGCAUACGCUCGGAGACACGGAGUCAUAGACUAGGGAAGACGGUACGGCUGCACCGUUGCGACCCACCCACCUGCCACCGUUGUCAACUGUUACCACCGACUGCGCCCUGACCGGCUGACCCUGCUUCCUUUUGUCGCGUUACGCAGCCAGUUGACAUGACGACAGCAGCUAGACCUACAUGGGCACCUGCAAAGGGUGGCAGUGAGCAAGGUGGGACUCGAAUUUUCGGCCCAUCUCAGAAAUACUCUUCUAGAGACAUGGCGUCUCAUACAACUUUGAAGCCAAGAAAGGAAGGACAAGAAACUCAGGAUGAAUUGCAGAAGAGAAACCUUCGAGAGGAACUUGAACAGCGGGAAUCAAGGCACUUCUCUUCAAAGGACAAAGGCUACAAUGAGGACAGGGAUCGCCGAAAGAGUAAUCAUCUUCUUUUAGAAGGUUCUAAAAGGGAAAGUGAAGAUCGAAUUAUUCCACGUAGUGCGGAUGCUGAUGAUGCAGAUGUGGUUGCCAAAAGUGAUGAUGAAAGGCAAGACGAUGAUGAUGAGGACGAGGAUGACAUGGAAGCUCUCUUGGCUGAGCUGGGUCAGAUAAAAAAAGAAAGAGCAGAUGAAAAAAUGAGAAAAGAACGGCAGCAACUAGAAGAAGAUCUCAAAGCAAAGGAAGCAGAACUUUUAAGAGGAAAUCCUCUCAUAAACCAGCCAACAUCCUUUAAUGUGAAGAGAAGGUGGGACGAUGAUGUGGUCUUCAAGAACCAGGCUAGGGGAGAAGCAAAAGCUCCGAAGCGCUUUAUCAAUGAUACCAUUCGGAAUGACUUCCAUCGUAAGUUUCUGCAUAAAUAUAUGAAAUAAUAUCAAAGAUGCCAAACUUGUACCACCUUCUUUGUCUAAAUGAAGGUGAUUAUUUCAUAAUUUUAGCCCUGUCGAGGACAUGCCAUUAUGUUAUUAUAUUAUUAUUACUAUUAUUAUUGUUGUUGUGAUUGUUGUUGUUGUUGCUGUUGUUGGUGCAUUGUGCCUUGCUAUCCAACUGUUAAAAGUUCAAUGAUUCUUAGAUAAGUAACUUCAUAAUGUUGAUUAUCUAACCAUGAACAGAUGGGGUAUUAUUCAGAUGGUGUAUUAUUCGCACAAGUUUUCC